AUGCCGAAUCUACUGAGGAACACUGCUCUCGUGAUGGACCGCCUGUGCAACAAUUCUUCCAGGCCCAUUGCGCCUCGCGGCGUGCCUCGUGGCCACGUUCGUGGUGCCGCAGGUCGUCAACCCCCUGAAUACCCUGGAGGGGCCCCUCCUGAUGACAGCAGGAUGAAACGGGCCUCGACGGCCUGCAGGGGGUGCCAGAAGCGUCGAACAAGGUGCACUGGAGUUCCAUGUUCAGAGUGCAUUAGGCGUAACCGGGAGUGUAUCUUCGAUGAACUGGCUGACAGGCGCCGCAAGGCCUCUGCGCGACGGAUGCAGGAGGAGCUGAUCGGUCUGCAAGAGUUCUUGGUUCAGUUACUGGGCGUGCUUCGCGAGGGUAACAACGCCGAAGUGCAGUAUCUUGUCAACGCCAUUCGCUCCGGGACUUCGACUCAGGAUAUCGACCUUGCGAUCCGGCGGCUUCUCGCCUAUAAUCCCAGUCUCCGAUUUACCCGCCAAAUGAACUCCUAG